UCUCUUUUGGUUUUACUUCAUUUGACUCCGUACGGUGGUGUCAGGUGCAUGGAGUCCGCAUAUAAAUAUCACGUGAUCAUGCCUGAGGCACACCGAGUGUCGGGAUAACUUCAUCUCUUCUCUCUUCUCCCUCCCUCUCCCUCUCCCUCCUCCUCUCGCACCUUAGACCCCCCCCCCAAAACUCCACCUCGACCAUGUCAGACUCCUUCUCCCUCCCCCUCCGUCCCCGUCUCGAUCGUCCCGACCCCCCCGAUCCCCUCCCCGUCGAGAUCGCCCAGAUCAACACCCAAUGGGGCAGUUUCCGUCAUGUCUCCGAGGACUUCUUACGCCGUCGCAUCGCCGAUCAGUCCGAUGAUGCCUCCGACGACCACGAUGAAGAUGAAUCCCCUACAGAGGUCGACGCCACCGAGCGGUUAGACCAGCUCUAUCGCAAACGCGCCGAGAUCACCCAGUUUGCCCACCAGGCCCACAUGGAAGCCCUCUUCGCCCUCGACUUCGUCUCCCUCCUCAUCUCCCAACAUGCCCCCCGGCAGGCCGAAACCUCCAUGUCUGCCUAUCUCAAACAGGUCGCCCCCAUGGGCUCCCUCACCCCCGAGGUCGUUGAUCCCCCUCCGAAGCCCGACGCCGUCCGUCGCGACACAGAGGCCGUCUCUCGCGGCUGGCGCCUGCAGAAUUUCAACUCCGCCGCCAACAAACUUCUGAACGCGGCCUCCCGUCUCGAAUCCGAAGUCGCCGCCGAGACCCGCUACUGGAAUGAAGUCCUCUCCAUCCAGAACCAGGGCUGGAAGGUCUGUCGUCUGCCGCGUGAUCGUCAGGCUUUAGGCGUCCAAUACGGUUUCCUAGAAGCCACUCCCAUCUUCCGCGAUCGCGGCUUGGCCAGCCUGCGCCGCGCCGACGAUGGCAGCCUCCUGCUCAACCAAGGCCUCGUGCCGCAAAAAGCCCGCCGCGUCCGCGUGCGCGUCAAGACCGACGACCGCUGGACCGGCGCCUCGCGCACCCCCCCACCCCCCACAUCCGACGCCGACGCCAUCGAAGCACGCAUCCGACAGGCGCGCGACACCGUAUACGAGGAGGAGUUGUUCCACGAGAUGACGCGCGAGGCUCGCAUCCUGGCCCCCCACGGCGUCACCACCCGCCAGAACCUCGUUCGCGUCCCCGUCUCGGACGUACAGGAGAUCUGGCUGGACCUGGUGGACACGGACGGGGAUUCCUCCCCCCCGGCAGACCCCGAGACCACGGCCGAGGACGACCGGCUGGCCGACGCGCUCUCCCACGCCCUCCGCAUCCUCCUCGCCCACGCACACCGGCAGAACCGACACCGACGCGAGCAGCCCCCGCCACCGCUGACCCCCCGCCGUCGCCACACCCCCGAAUACCACAUCCUGCGCCCGCUGCUGGCCGGCUUACAGCACCGCGCCCACGUGCGCGCCCUCGAGGCGGUCCUGGGCGACCUGCACCGCGUGCGCCGCGCCGCCGGCCUCCCCGGCGAUGGUACCGUCACGCCCUUCGCCUCGGUCCGUCCGCCCGCGUCCCACCCGGGCGUCCCAGCGGUCGAGAGCCUCGUCCGGACCCUCCUGCGACCCCUCGAGUCCACCCUCGGCGGGCCCCUCGCUGCACCGCAGGCCUCCAUCCACGUCACCGUCCGCACCACCGUCGCCGGUCCGCCGGGCGGUACCGUCUUCGACCUCGCCGUGCACCUGCCGGCCUUUCCCGACGUGCAGCCCCCGGCCCGCAUCAGCUUGCGCAGCGAAGCGGAGGCGGUGUUGUCGCACGUCCUGCUCCUGGACGUGGUGGCGGCCGUCGCCGCCGCCCCUGCCGUGCCGCCCGCGCGUCGUUGGGAGCCAGCCGCUCCGCACCACGGCGAGCUCAUCACCGCGGGCGGGCCGUCGGCGAAGAACCGCAAGCUCACCGUCCACUUGUCGCGUGACGCGCUGCGCGUCGAAGCCGUUGCCGUGGGGGGGUUGGAUCCCUUCGGUCGCCCGACGCCGGAUCCAACGGCGACGCCGCGGUCGCGGACUUGGACGGCCGAGUCAACGGGGACGGGGUUGAUGGACUUUGUCGGGGAGGUGUCUCAGGAGUAG